AUAUAUAUAUAUAUAUAUAUAUAUAUAUACCCAAGUACCUAAUGGGUUAGCUAUACAAUAACUUCAGUUCCACGAAGAACAUUGCGCGCCUUUCUGAAAAUACACUCAGAUCUAGCAAAAUGGCAGGGAGUACUGUAUGGCUUACACCUUGGGGAGGAAAGGGUGGAAACACCUGGCAAUUCAUAAUACCUGAUGGUGCUAGGAUUAUCAAGAUCAGUGUAAGAAGUGGAGACAUUCUAGAUUCCAUCUCCCUCACUUACAAAGAUGAGUCUGGCUACAUUUUUUCUGAAAAAUACGGUGGCAAUGGUGGCUUACUCCAUAAUAUUGAAUUGGCUGACAAUGAGAACCUCGUGGGGAUUAGUGGACGUUUUGGAACAUUUCAAAACAUAACGGCGAUUACGUCAUUCUCUUUCCAGACCAACAUUAAAACUUAUGGGCCAUUCGGCAUAAAUGGGGGGACUGAUUUCUCAGUUGGGCUGGCAGAAGGCAAGUUUUUUGGAUUCUAUGGAAGGAGUGGGAGUUACAUAGAUGCUUUGGGUUCUUACAACACUCCUAUCUUGCCAUGGGCACCGCCCAUGGUCUUACCGUCCAUCUACCAAUCCAUCCAUACUCAUCCAGAGUCGAACACGCAUCUCAUUAUACCCCAAUCAGGUGUUCGGUCAUGA